GCGCUCCGACGCCCUCUCUCUCCGCUCUGCCCUACUUUACCAUCUCUUCACGCCCCGCCGCCCCAGCUGCUCAACAACCCCUCCCUCAUCCUCCAUCAUGGCCGACUCCGCCGAGAAGCCCGCGGUCCUGAUAAUCGGUGGCCUGGGCUACAUUGGCCGCUUCCUGGCGAAGCACAUCCACGAUAACAACCUCGCCUCCGAGGUGCGCCUCGUCGACAAGCACCUGCCCGAGCUGGCAUGGCUGGCACCCGAGUUUGCAGACGCCUGCUCGAGGCAGAAGUUCAUGCAGGCCGACGCUUCGCGGGAACAGUCGCUGCAACGCAUCUUCGACCGCGAAAGCGGCAAGCAAUGGGACUACGUCUUCAACUGUGGCGGCGAGACCCGCUAUUCGCAGGAGGAUGAGGUGUACAAGGUGCGCUCGCAUGCGCUGUCGCUGGCCGUCGGCGGCGAAGCCGCCAAGCGCAAGGUCAAAUGUUUCGUCGAGUGCAGCACGGGCAUGGUCUACAAGCCUGAGCCGGUCCCGCGCAAGGAGACCGACAAGCUGAAGCCCUGGCUCAAGGUCGCAAAGUGGAAGCUGCAGGCCGAGGAGGACCUGGCCAAGAUCGAGGGCCUCAACCUGGUCGUCAUCCGCCUGCCGCACGUCUACGGUCCUUACACGAGCAAAUUCUUGGCUACUGCAUUGUGCAUGGCGCGCGUCUACGAGAGCUUGGGACAAGAGAUGAAGUGGUUGUGGAAGGCCGAGCUGAAGGUCAACACGUUGCAUAUCGAGGACUGCAGCAGGGCGCUCUGGACAGCUGCUGAAUGGUUAUCGAAGAAGAACCCCAAGCCUGCGAACGCACCCAUCUUCAAUGUCGUCGACAAGACCGACACCUCGCAAGAAACCAUGGCCAACUUGAUACACGAGACAUUCAACAUCCCAACCGGUUUCCAUGGUACCCUGAUCAGCGCCUUUGCGCGUCUCAACCUCGAGCACGUCGUGGACGAUGUCAAUGACGAGACGCUGGACCCCUGGGCUGAGCUGCAGGAGAAGGCCGGCAUUUCCAAGAGCAGCCCGUUGAGUCCCUUCAUGGAGAAGGAGCUGCUGAAGGACACGGACCUGGCCCUGGACGGCAGCCUGUUUGAGCAGGAGACUGGGUUUCAGCUCAAGCAUCCCCUUCUCAACAAGGACGAGAUUCAGGAUGUCAUAGAAAGCUACAAGCGCAUGGGCUGGUGGCCGUAGCCAUGCGCUCCUUUCUUCUCCUUUCUCUUAUUUCUCCUUCGUUCGUCACGUUUGCCUUCAAGCUAACCGCAUCGCACUUCGCUACUCUCGCUGAUCGACGCUUCCACGAUUCACACGGGAGCGUCUUGAAAAAAGUGUUUCAUACGUUCCGAAUACGCCCUUCAAAAACCCGCGUCCAUAUGCAAGGAGAGGUGUUACUCUCAUCACUACCACUGUCUAAAAGUCCCGUCAAUUUCAGCAAGUCAACUUCGACUGACCAUUACUGUUUCCGCCGCCACCACUUCUACCAUUACCACCGACCAUCGCCCCCCUCUUUUGGAAAAUAUACCCUUUGCGCGAAGCGACAUCGAAUCGUAAUGGAACGACGAGACGGCCUAGAAACCCCUCCUAA